AUGGCUCUCAGUAGGUUGAUACUGGCCGUUGCUGUGCUCGGCACAACCUACGGAGCUGCCAUUAGCAACACCACUCGUGUCCUCGACCUACCUCCUCGUUACCACAACGGUACCGUCAGCGUUGAGCAUCUCUCGGUGGCGGGGAACCUCGAUGGGUUCAAGAUGCUGACUCCGGCUGCCAAGAGUUCAGCCGACUUUUGGUACUUUGACGUCGUUUCGAAGUCCACUAACCAGACUCUGAACAUCGUCUUCUUCAACUCAGGAGAUUUUGCACAGUACCCGCAUCCACUCGCGGUCCAAGUUUCAGGAGUUUACCCGAAUGGGACAGACUUCUACUUCGAAGCUAUGGCCGAUGCCGGGGUCCACGUCACCAACGGUCCCCAUGGUAUCACUGGAGCCUGGGAAGGUAUUGGAUCCUUCACGGGAACCUCGUUGGACAAGCCUGAUGUGAAUUAUACGAUCAACAUCAACUCCGAGUAUAUGGGCAUCUAUGGUACCAUCUCUUUUAAGGCCGACCUCUUGCCAGGACUGUACUGGGCUAACGCUGUCCCCGAUGCCGACACUAUGGUAGACCUCGUCGUUAAGGACACGGUUAUUGCCUUCGAAGAUGGCAUUGGAUACCACGAUAAGAACUGGGCCAACCAGUCCAUCAUCGACGGUCCUCGUUAUUGGGACUGGGGCCACGCUCGCUUUGGUCCCUACUCCAUCGUCUGGUACAACCUUCUCGACUAUAGUGGCAAUGAGAGCAGACGUUCUUAUGUUUCAAGAGACGGAGAAGUUCGUCUCGUCAGCCGCGACAUGGCGAGCAUAGAAGUUCGCCAGAAGGGAGGAAAGGCAGCUUGGCCUCCUACCACUGGACUGCUUGAGACCGAUGGCCUUUCCGCCAAGUACAACCUCACAAACGGCGACGUAAUGGAGGUCGAUGUCACUACUCAAUUCAUUAUCAGGGAUGAGAAGGGCGCUUAUCAGCGCGCCAAUGGUCUCGUCAAAGGCGGUAUUGCUGGAAAAGAGACUUUCGAGGGUCGCGGUCACUACGAAAAAUUCAUCUUUGGGAUCGUUAACGACUACACUCCGCAGGUCUAA